GGGAGGAAGUAAAUAAUGACGCGCUAUUACAGUCAGACUGUGACUGUGAGCAUUUACCUAAUCACGAUAGGAUUCCACUUCACUUCCACACCCCACCGGCCCACCCAGUCUCUUCCUUCAAACUAAAUCUUCUUCUCUUCUCCACACAGUCAGUGCCACUGCAACUUAACUUACGAGUAUUUUACUCCCACCGUCAACAAAUUCAAUUCUUAUUCAACACAAAUUUAAAAUAAUAUAGUAUUAAUAAUUUACUUCUUACUACUAUAGCAGUACUCUGUUAUUUUACUUGCUUCAGAAUCUAAUCUAAUCUCUAUAUAUCUUCCAAUCUACAAAAUUCACCACUGUCAUCAACAAACAAAAAAACCUGUUUUAUUAUUACAUGCAAGCACAAACAAUAUCUCAGAUCCUUCAUCUUCUAAAAAUCUCUCAACACUUCUCAAUAAAUCUUACUCCAUUUUCUGACCCACCAAUUUUUUUUUCCUAUUUCACCAUAAAGCAUCAAUUUUUACCCACAAAAUGCAUCAAAACCCAACCCCAAGAAACUAAUUUGAUCAGAUCCAGCUUAAUUCUCAAAUGGGUCAUGUAAAUCUUCCAGCUUCAAAGCGAACUAGCAGCAUAAACUACAACCCUCGUCAAUGGAGGCUUUUAGACCUUAUAUCCGCUGCGUUUUUCGGCUUAGUGUUUCUGUUUUUUGUUCUUGUAUAUACCCCACUUGGGGAUUCUAUGGCCGCCUCAGGUAGACAGACGCUGCUGAUGUCAGGCUCUGAUCCACAGCAGCGUCUGCGUCUGUUGGCGGCUAUUGAGACAGGACAGCCUCGAGUUAUUGAGGCAUGUCCUGCUGAUGCAGUGGAUCAUAUGCCUUGUGAGGAUCCAAGGCUAAAUAGUCAGCUUAGUAGAGAGAUGAAUUAUUAUAGAGAGAGACAUUGUCCGCCGCUCGAGAAUACACCUCUUUGCCUUGUUCCUCCGCCUAGUGGCUAUAAGGUUUCGGUGCAGUGGCCUGAGAGUUUGCAUAAGAUAUGGCACAGCAACAUGCCGCACAACAAGAUUGCUGACAGGAAAGGUCACCAGGGAUGGAUGAAACUUGAUGGUCCGCACUUUAUAUUCCCUGGAGGUGGCACAAUGUUUCCAGAUGGAGCAGAGCAGUAUAUCGAAAAACUUGGUCAAUACAUUCCAAUGAAUGGCGGUGUUCUCAGGACUGCUCUGGAUAUGGGCUGUGGGGUUGCAAGUUUUGGAGGAUUUUUACUAUCACAAAACAUUUUAACGAUGUCUUUUGCUCCAAGGGAUUCACACAAAUCACAGAUACAAUUUGCUCUUGAAAGAGGAAUACCAGCUUUUGUUGCCAUGCUUGGUACUCGCAGACUUCCAUUUCCUGCAUAUGGAUUUGACUUAGUCCAUUGUUCUCGAUGUUUAAUUCCUUUUACAGCCUACAAUGCAACUUAUUUCCUUGAAGUGGAUAGGUUACUUCGCCCUGGUGGAUAUCUAGUCGUAUCUGGUCCACCUGUCCAGUGGCCUAAACAAGAUAAAGAGUGGUCUGAUCUCCAGAGUGUGGCAAGAUCUUUGUGUUAUGAACUGAUUGCCGUAGAUGGCAACACUGUCAUCUGGAAGAAGCCAGCAGGGGAUUCAUGUCUCCCCAACCAAAAUGAAUUCGGUCUUGAGUUAUGUGAUGAAUCAGAUGAUCCCAAUUCUGCUUGGUACUUCAAAUUGAAGAAAUGUGUUAGUAGGAUAUCUUCUGUGAAAGGGGAAUAUGCUGUUGGUACAAUUCCUAAGUGGCCAGACAGGCUAACUGCUCAGCCACCUAGGUCAACACUCCUGAAAAACGUCGCUGAUGUAUAUGAUGCUGACACUAGGCGGUGGUUAAGGAGGGUUGCACACUAUAAAAAUACUCUAAACACAAAGUUGGGAACUCCAGCUGUACGGAAUGUCAUGGACAUGAAUGCAUUCUUUGGAGGUUUUGCAGCAGCACUAAAAUCUGAUCCUGUUUGGGUAAUGAAUGUAGUUCCAUCUCGCAAGCCAUCCACUCUUGACGUGAUCUUUGACAGAGGUCUUAUUGGAGUCUAUCAUGAUUGGUGUGAACCUUUCUCAACAUAUCCUCGCUCCUAUGACCUGAUCCACGUCACCAGCAUUGAAUCACUUAUAAAAGAUCCAGCCUCUGGCAAAAGCAGAUGUAACCUCAUUGAUUUGAUGGUCGAAAUAGAUCGAAUGUUGCGGCCAGAAGGCACCGUUAUUGUGAGGGAUACCCCUGAAGUAAUUGAGAAAGUAGCUCGUGUUGCUCAUGCCGUGAGGUGGAAACCUACUAUAUAUGAUAAAGAGCCGGAAUCACAAGGCAGAGAGAAAAUCCUAGUUGCAACCAAGACCUUCUGGACUCUCUAAUUCACAUCCACUAACACAGCUAUGUAACCAAGGUAAAAUUUACUUCGAAGAUGUUGGUUUUGAAGUUAAUCUAUUAUAUGCAUCAAAGGGAUGUGGUUUCCCUUCUUGUUCAUGUUGUAUACAAUGAGAAAGUAAAGUUAGGAUAUGAGAGAAAUGGAAAAAUCUGUGAUGACUUUGUGAAGAUUUAUAUGAAAGGCACAAGCCUAUGUUAGUUAUAUUGUCUUUAGAUAUAAGGAGGAUAACUUGUAAUUCAAUGCUUAUAUUUAUAAUUAUUACUUAUUCAUUGAAAAACAAUUAUUGUUUGGCUA